GCCGCUCUUACUUGAACCAUGAGCGUUUCGAGCCUCCUUUUGGCGGGAGUCAAGUGGAGAUGUUUCCCAGUUCUGCUAGAGUCAUCCUUGUUCCAGGCUCUACUUAAUUCCUGCUGUCGAAAAAAAUCAACUUCUGCAGAAAUUACUUCCAGUAUUGAUGCUUGUAAUGAGAAGACAAAGGUACCUGUAAAUGCACUUGACAAGCUCUUCUCUUCAGAACAGCAAACUUCGAUCUUGCAUGUAUUGAAUACAGCAUCUAAUGAAGAACUUGAAAAAUUCAGACUGCUUCGUGGAAGAAAGGCCACCAAUAUUGUAGUAUAUAGAGAAAAGUUUGGACCAUUUCAGAAUUUGGAGAGUUUAGUGAAUGUGCCUCUAUUCCAGUAUAAAACUGCCAUUCAAGUGUGUAACUCCAUUCUUUGCCCAGAGACUGGACGGAAGAAAAGGCAGUCACAGGAAAACCAACACUUGAAGAAGCUUAUCAAGCCUGACAUUGAACUAGAAAGACUUAAGGCAAUUAAUAGUGUCGUAUCCAUUGCUUUUGGUACUCGAAAAAUUGCGUGGGCUCACCUUGACCGUAAAUUAUCAGUGUUGGACUGGCAGCACAGUGAAUGUUGCCGAUUAGUUAAGGGAACAUUUGUGACAUCUAACUACCUUGAAAAGAUAUCUCCAGUUAUUGCAAAGAUGCCUAAAGCAGACUUUUAUAUUCUGGAAAAAAUUGGACUUUCCAUUCAGAACUCAACAUUGUUCCCUGCAUUGUUACACUUUCAUAUCACGGAAGCCAUGCUAUAUGCCUUAUUAAAUAAGACUUUUGCCCAGGAUGGCCAGCAGCAGGUGCUAAGCAUGAAUCGGAAUGCAGUGGGGAAGCACUUUGACCUGAUGUUGGGUGCCACCCGAACCAGUGGAAAAGAAGUAGUGAAGAAGCUCCUCUCAGAGUCUGUUUUGAGGGCAGAGCCUCGAGUGUCCUUCCCAUCAGACAAGAUCGUACGCUACAGACAGCUCUUCUCAGCCACCGAGCAGAACCGGGUGGAGGAGCUGUAUGAUUCACUCUUACAAGGAGUUGCCUUCUUUGAAUUAGUAGUUUUUGAUACUGAACCAUAA